UCCCCCGGCGGCGUCGGGCGCCGCUCCGACUCCGGCCCGCCCCGCACGGGAGUGAAGGCGCCGGGCUCGGGCGGGCUGUGCUGCUGUUGCUCCCGCAGCCGCCGCAGCAGCAGCCGGAGGAGGAUGGAGCCGGGCAAGGAGCCCCGAGCGGCGGCGGCGACGGCGGGGGAGAAGCCGAGCGAGCCCGAACCGGUCGUGUCCUUCCAGGCCCGGCUGUGGAAGAACCUGCAGCUGGGCGGCAAGGGCCGGAGCGGCGGCGGCGGGCGGGCGGCAGCCGAUCGCCGCACUGCGGAGCCCCCCGCCCCGCCGGCCGGCGGCAAGGCGGACCCGCUGCCCCCCGCCCGCUGGGCCGGCUUCAGGAGGCGGCGGCAGGUGCUGGACCGCGUCUUCUCGUCCUCCCAGCCCAACCUGUGCUGCUCGGCCGCCGAGCCGCUGGAGUCGGGCGGCGAGUCCGGCUUCGCCCUGCGCCGGCUGCGCGAGCACCUGCUGCCCCAGGGCAAGGGACCGCCGCCCGCCCGCCGCGAGGGCCCCGCCGCCGCCCCGCCGUCCCUCGCGGGACCCAGUGCCGGCGGCGAGGAGGGACGCCGCGGAGGGAAGGAGGGACGGCGGCCCGGGGCGCACCUGUCCCACCAGAAGAGCUCCUCGCUACCCAGCACUGCCUGCCUGGAGCAGCUGCUGCACGGUUCGCCCACUGCCGGGCGGCGGACGGAGCCGCGGGCGGAGGAGGCCGACGGCGGCGCGAAAACAAGUUCAGUUGGACCUAGUAAUGCAGAUUUUCCCUCUGGGGAUCCCGGAAUGUACCAACUGGACAUUACUUUAAGAAGAGGACACAAUUUAGCAGCACGAGAUCGUGGAGGAACCAGUGAUCCAUACGUCAAGUUCAAACUUGGAGGAAAAGAAGUGUUUAGAAGUAAAACAAUACACAAGAACCUCAAUCCUGUGUGGGAAGAAAAAACUUGUAUUCUUAUAGAUAACCCAAGAGAACCCUUAUAUAUAAAGGUUUUUGAUUAUGACUUCGGGCUUCAAGAUGACUUUAUUGGUUCAGCGUUUUUGAAUCUUGCAUCAUUAGAAUUAAACAGGCAAACAGAUGUUACCUUGAGCCUGAAGGACCCUCAUUACCCUGACCAUGAUUUGGGAACUAUAUUAUUAUCAGUUCUUUUGGCUCCUAGAGAAGAACAGCGGGAAGUGACAAUGCUAAUGAGGAAGAGUUGGAAAAGAUCAAGUAAGUUUCAGACCCAGAGCUUACGUCUCUCAGAUCUGCACAGAAAAUCUCAGCUAUGGAGAGGAAUAGUCAGUAUUACCUUGAUUGAAGGCCGUGACCUUAAGGCGAUGGAUGCAAAUGGGCUGAGUGAUCCUUACGUGAAAUUCCGGCUGGGGCAUCAGAAGUAUAAGAGCAAGAUUAUGCCAAAAACUUUGAAUCCUCAGUGGAGAGAGCAGUUUGACUUUCAUCUCUAUGAAGAACGAGGUGGAAUUAUUGAUAUUACCGUGUGGGACAAAGAUGCUGGCAAAAAGGAUGAUUUUAUUGGCAGGUGCCAGGUUGACCUGUCAACCCUAAGUAAAGAACAGACUCACAAACUGGAGUUGCCACUGGAGGAGGGAGAAGGAUGCCUGGUGUUGCUGGUCACUCUGACAGCCUCAGCGGCAGUCACCAUCUCUGAUCUCUCUGUCAACUCCUUGGAGGACCCAAAGGAGCGAGAGGAAAUACUGAAGAGAUAUAGUCCAAUGAGAAUGUUUCAUAACAUGAAAGAUGUGGGAUUUCUUCAGGUAAAAGUCAUUCGAGCAGAAGCAUUGAUGGCAGCUGAUGUUACAGGUAAAAGUGACCCAUUUUGUGUUGUUGAACUGAACAAUGACAGACUGCUGACACAUACCGUCUACAAGAACCUCAACCCAGAAUGGAACAAGAUCUUCACAUUCAAUGUUAAAGACAUCCACUCAGUGCUUGAAGUGACAGUUUAUGAUGAGGACCGCGAUCGGAGUGCUGACUUUCUAGGCAAAGUUGCGAUACCACUGCUAUCUAUUCAAAAUGGUGAACAGAAAGCCUACGUCUUGAAAAACAAGCAGCUGACAGGGCCAACAAAGGGGGUCAUCUAUCUUGAAAUAGAUGUGAUUUUUAAUGCUGUGAAAGCCAGCGUGCGAACCUUAAUGCCCAAAGAACAGAAGUACAUUGAAGAGGAAAACAGACUGUCUAAACAGCUGCUACUAAGAAACUUCAUUCGCAUGAAGCGUUGUGUCAUGGUGCUCAUAAAUGCCGCCUACUACAUUAACAGUUGCUUUGACUGGGAUUCACCCCCAAGAAGUCUUGCUGCUUUUUUGCUUUUCCUUUUUGUGGUCUGGAACUUUGAGCUCUACAUGAUACCACUGGCUUUGUUGUUGCUGUUGGCAUGGAACUACUUCUUGAUCAUAUCAGGGAAAGAUAACAGGCAACAUGAUACAGUAGUGGAGGACAUGCUAGAGGACGAGGAAGAAGAGGAUGACAGAGAUGACAAGGACAGCGAGAAAAAAGGAUUUAUGGAUAAACUGUAUGCUAUUCAAGAGGUGUGUGUUAGUGUCCAGAACAUCCUUGAUGAAGUAGCUUCCUUUGGAGAAAGGAUAAAGAACACGUUCAACUGGACUGUCCCAUUCCUGAGCUGGCUGGCAAUUGUUGCCCUCUGUGUGUUCACAGUCAUCCUGUAUUUCAUUCCAUUGAGAUACAUUGUCCUUGUCUGGGGUAUCAAUAAAUUUACAAAGAAGCUUCGAAGCCCAUAUGCAAUUGAUAACAACGAGCUACUUGACUUUCUGUCCAGAGUUCCUUCAGAUGUGCAAGUGGUGCAAUAUCAUGAACUGAAACAAGAUCCCAGUCACAGCCCAAGCAAAAGGAAGAAAAACAAUCCUGGCUAGAAACUAGCAUCUGCUGGGGGAUGACAAAAAGAAAAACCUACAGCCUAAACAGCAUUUCCUUUCUCUAAGCUUUUUAUUUAUUUUGCCUUUUUUUUCUAAUGGGGAGAAUUUGUAAAUAUUAUAUAAAGGUGUUUUUCAUUGAUUAUAUACUUAGCACUGUAAAGACACAUUUAAUGAAGGUUUCAAGUAAGGCUGUUGCUGUUUGGAAUAGCGUAACAUGCUGAAGAAGUCAAUGUAGAAUGGUAAAAAUGCACUGCUACUCAAUGGUCAGAGAUCUAAAGUACUCAAAUCAUGCCGAUGAAAUCUACAAAAGGUAUUACUUUAAAUCUGACUCAGAAGUUCUGUCAGAUUUUAUUUGUGAGCCGUAAUAUUUUUAUCCAGGAAGUCAUCGUUACAGUUUUCUAUGUUUUAUACAUGUCGACAGAAAUACAAUGUAGUGAAACCUACUGCACUUAAGUUUUAGCAGUUUUUUUCAACUCCAGACCCUGGUGUUAACUUCUGGUGCAAUGUACUCCUGUGCAGUAGGGCUACUUAGAAGACAGUAAAAAACUCCAAGUGCAAAUCUCUCUUUGGAGCCCCCCAAUGAAGUUCCUGCCAUUUUAAUCAUUCCAUUAUUAGACCUGAAAAUCUCUGUCUCUCUCAAAAUACUGCCAGGUUUGUAAUUGAUUGCCUAUCUGAUUUUUUUAUAUGUACCUGUAAUCUUCAUUUAUACUACAUAGUUUUGUGAAUUAAGCCCAUAGUUCUGCUGUAAUGGAAAUACUAUCAAACUAUCUCCAUGUUGCUUUGGGUGUCAUGCUGUGAACACCCUUUGUGCACGUGAAUAUUUUACUAUGGAAAUCUUGCAGAAAAUGUUUUUGCUUUCAAAUCACGAGAUCAUAUUUAUAUGUGCUCUAUGCUAUAACACAUUACCUGUUACCGGUGUGAAAUGUAGAGUAGAAGAAAUUAUGCAGUUAUGGUUAAACUGAUAUACUGACUAUUUUGUUAGCUGAUCACAUCAUCAGUUCUGAUAACAACUGCGCCCUAUUGCAUGGAAACCGCAUUGUUGUAUGAAUUGAACGGAGCUUAGAGUAGGAAAGGUUUACAUUUCAAUGGUUUUAGUGGGCACUGCAUAAUGAGUGCUUGGGGAUAUAUUCUGAUUCCGCUUGUAGACUUCCACGCUCAGCUCCCUGGGUAGUGAGCAGAGAGCUCAUUCCGAGGGGACUUUCUGUGCACAGCUCUUAGUCAUAGCUCCCGGUGACUCUAAAGGGGAUUUCUGCCCAGGGGAGGCUGCAGAACUCCAUCCUCCAGAGGAGUUUUCCGUGUUGUUCUCCAUGGGUUACCUCUCGUUGUUUGCAAUUGCUGAUAAAGUUAUAUUGCGCUACUCUGACAAUAUUUUUUUGAAGAGACUAUUUAGAAAUACUUGCAAGCAGAUGUAUAUAUCUUUGUCUAAAGAAUUCUAUGUUAGUUGCAUUGCUCCUGAAAGAUCGUUCUGAAUUUAUUUUACACAUACAUUGAUAGCUGAUUUCUGAUCUAAAAGUUAUUUUGAUCUUGUUUCUUGUGUUUGAAAAAAUGCCAAUCAACUGUUCUUUAGAAAGUCUUAGGCCUAAAUAUGGUAAUGUUACAUCAUGAUUUUAAAUGAAUUUAUGUAGCCCCUUUCUCACUUGUGUUACCAAACACUAGCUUACUAUUGAUGGCAACAGGUUUAUUUAUGAGCCUUGUUUAAAAAAAAAAAAAAAAAAAAAAAGCAAAGAAAAAAAAAAAAGCAAACUUUUGACUUGACAAUGUGCAAGUAUUUGUUGCCAGUUUUUGGUUUUGCUUAGUUCUUUGAUCCAUUGCAAGCCUUGUACCUUCUUAAAACUGCCCAUCAAUCUGUGUGCAAUCUCCAACUGAGUUGGGUUUUUUUGAGUUUUUUUUUCUGUACUCAAUUUCAGAUGUCUUCUUUGGUGGUAAUGUCUUGAACACAUAUUUUCUGCAUUAAAUACAGUUUUAAGCAUCUCUCUACUUAUUGCAGAAUGCAACUAUUUUGUAGUCCAUCACACAGGUGGAAUGAGGGGCAAGUGAUUGAAAACAUUGUGUCAGUGCAAGGUUUCUGUGUUCUAAGCCUCUAA